CCACCCUAGAUCUCCCCUCCAUUGUCCAGCAAGGUCCACAUAUCUGCGUAAAAUUUCCCAAAAAUUGACCCGAUAGGUUAUUGCUGAUGGCUUAGAAAAUGUGAAGAAGUGAAUUUCUUGGAAAAUCCAAGAUAAGUUAGUCCAUCUAUUGUCUAGGAAUAAUAAAUUGUGUUCGAGCAGGGUAGUUUCAUUGCCUCCUUAUCGAUGCCUCGUUAAUUUUUCAUGUCUGGAAGGAGGUGUUAUUUAUAAGUCAGAGAAUUGAAGAUUGAGAUCCUUGUGUAGCAAACCUGAUGAAUUCUUGGUUAAUUUUUUUUAUUUUUCUUCGGCCUCAGUGUUACUAGCGCAAUGUCAAAGCCAGAUGCUCCAAAAUUAGUCACAGCCUUAUUCACAUUCAAAGGAACUAACAACGAUGAGUUAUGCUUCAGAAAAGGCGAUGUCAUAACAAUAACGCAGACCGAUGAUGGAGGAUGGUGGGAAGGUACCUUGAAUGACCAAACCGCUUGGUUUCCUUCCAACUAUGUCAAGGAGUGUCGCGCCCCUGAUGAACUGACGAAUAGACCGUUCCAUAAAAUCCCCGACAAGCAGAUAUCUUGGAGAGUGUAGACAUGGAGCUGAUUAUUGUAAGAGUUUAACAUUAAUGGACUUUCGAAAAACAUGUGCAUUGAUUUCUCACUCUAUAACGCAAAGGUUCGUUCGACAAAACCACAGAAUUAUGAUAUAUAUACUACUUAUUUACUUUGUCUUGACAUAUUAUCUAUCCAUUAUAUCAAAAGAUACUGGCUUUCGCUGUUUUAUUAGUUACGAGGAACAUAGAUAUAUUAUGACUUCGAAGGUAACAGGUCUCAUGAAAAACAUGAACAAAUAAGUACAUGUUAUGAUUGAUAGUCGCGUGACCCAUUCCGUGAGUGCCAUAAUCCGAGGGAGGUGAAAUGCAUUUUUAUUGGAAGCCCUGGGAUGAUUUUUCGAAAGGGCUUGGAAAUGGAACGAAUGUAUGAAUUGUAAGAAUACCCGCUGACUGGAUGAGGGAAAUCGCUGACAAUAAGUGAACUACCUGUGGAUGUCAUGAAGAUAUAAUAGGUUUCUCUUUAGUCUUCAAGUUUCACUAACCUAGUAAAAUGGAUCCCAAUAUUCCUAUGUGCAAUCAAUUUGUGGAGUCGAACAAAUAAGAGUUUUCAGUUUCUGGAAUUCAUCCAAUACCCCUUUCUUGGUUUAGACACUCAAUGUAAUAUUACACUCCAAUAAUUCGUCAUUUUGGGAAAAAGUGAUGCAAACCUAUAUGGAGUCCGUGGCUAAGAAUCUCUUAUUGGGCAAUAUUUCUGGCGAUUAUUGAGACAGCUGAUUUUAAGGUCUUGAAAUGUGCUGAGCAGAUAAUAGGUCAUUGCGUAAUAAAUUAAUUGCUCCU